CUUCCACACCCUCAGUUCCCCUCUCCUGAAAACGCUCUGUGUCUGCGUCUCCCUCAGACCCUCUGAAGUCAGGCCGAGAGGAAGGAUGGACUUGGUGAUUCUGCUGCUCUCUGUGUGGGCUCUGUCCAGCCCUGUGUCUGCCCAGGUCCCAGCUGCAGCGUCUGAUCUCUGUCCUGAUAGGCUCCUGGGUAAUGAGAGGAUAAGGACGUGUCCAAAACCGUGCACUCAGGACAAAGACUGUGGCAACAAGCGCCAGUGUCUCUGUGAUGGCCAGUGUGGCCUCAGCUGCGUAGCCCCAGGUCGUUCUUGUCCCUGGCCUCUGCCCCUUGGUGAACAUUUGGAGGCCCGCCUCCUCUCUCCCACCCCCUCCUUCUCCGCUCUCCUGGAGGUGCGCUGUGACCCUGGAUUCACUCUGCCCAACGGCCUGGACGUAGCCAUCCGUCGUUGCCAAGGAGACCGGCAAUGGAGCGGGGACGAGCCGAUCUGCACAGUCCCUACAGACUCCGCAGCAGAUCCCACCCCCACCCAGAUGUUCUGCCCACGGCCAGAGGACGACAUCUUACACACCAAUGGAACUGGAACUUUGGGAGACACCGUUCAGUACAGCUGUCUGUUUGGAUACACACUGGUAGGAAGCAGAGAGAAUCUCUGUCAACACGAUCAGACGUGGCAGCACCCUCACCCCAUCUGUCAGAAGAGCUUCUGUCCGCCCCCCAAGGAGGUGGAGAACGGCUAUGUGGUGGCCGUUCAGAAGACAGAGUAUGAGGCGGGCUUUGAGACCCACUUCCUCUGCAAAAAGAACUUCCUAUUGGACGGGCCCAACCAGAUCUUCUGUCUGUCAAACGGCAGCUGGAGUGGCCCCCCCCCGUUCUGCAGAGCUCGCUGUCUGAUCCCUGCCGAGCGGAGCCGGAUCGUGAUUGGUGGAGUGAAGCGCUGGCCUUAUGAUGUCACAGACGCCAUGGUUCCACACGGGGAGAAGGUGACGUUCUUCUGUAAGCACCCGAGCCAGCAGUGCAGCCUCGCAGCGUCGGAGAGCUGCUUCGACGGGAAGCUCAACCAACCGCACUGCUACCUUGAACCCACCUGGCUCCAGUACAAGCUCUUCCCUCAUCGCCUGGUGUCCGAGAUCGAGGCAUGUGAACCUGGUGACGUGAAAUAAUGACCUUACUUCGACUGUGGAACCUCAAGCUACACAAGGACACCUGCACACACACACACACACCUUGUUCCAUUGCAACAUGACAAGUCAUGCAAACCCUCGCUUUUUUUUCUCUCAGCUUGUUGAACAGUUUUUUAUAUAUUGAUGCUUCAUGUAUUUAUGCAUAUAUAUUGCAUUGGAAUACAUGUAGUUAUAAUCAAAAACGAUGGUAGUUCAAGCGUUUGCUCGUUAUGUUACCAGCGGUAACAUGCGGUUCAUGUGUGACUCUGGGAUCUCUCCCUGUGUAAUUUGUCUAGUUUGUCUUCGAUGUUUUGUCUGUUUUCUAGUAAGGUACUCCUUCCUCCUUCUCCGUUCCUUGUCUGAUGUUGUUGACGCCUUAAGCCUGGAGGCUUUUAAGUUUGAGACAGUUUUGAAAUAAAACAAAAUGUCAAAUGA